AGCGCGGCCGCGGAAGGGGGAUAGCGACUGGGCCCUGGAGGCAGGCAAGCUCGGGGAAGCUGGAAGCACGCGGCUGUGCAGGCAGCACUGCAGUGUCACCUCUGCCCAGAAAGCCACCCGCCCGCGCGCGCUCCGAGGCACGUGCACACUGUGGGCAGGGAGAACGCAGGAGAGAGCCUUGGAUUGCUGGACGCAGGGAGAGAUGGCAUCUGCCCUCAACAGAAAAAUGCACCCGAACGCGACCUGCCCGAGCUCCCAAGCCGAUGCCCGCAGCGGCGCGGGCUGCAGAACGGACUGUGAUCCUGAGAUGCACGUGAAAAUGUGCAAGAAAAUCGCGCAGCUCACCAAGGUGAUCUAUGCCCUGAACACCCGCCAAGAUGAGGCGGAGGCCAGCCUGGAGGCCUUGCGGGAAGCCCACCAGGAGGAGCUCCAGGGCGCAGUGGCGGAGACCCGGGCCAGGCUCCUGCAGGAACAGGGCCACGCCAGCGAAGACGCAGAGGCCCUUUUACAGCGCAUCCAAACCCUGGAGAGCGCCCUGGAGCUGCAGAAGAGGCUGACCCAGGAGGCUCUGGCCGAGUCCGCCUCCUGCAGGCUGGAGACCAAAGAGAGGGAGCUGAGGGUGGAGGCGGAGCACGCCGAGCGAGUCCUGACACUGUCCAAGGAGAUGCUGGAGCUCAAGGCUGACUAUGAGAAGAGGCUCCGGCAGCUGAUGAGCCACGAGGGCCCCCCAUGGGGCCGGCUGUCCCAGGAGAGCCUGGACCCCACAGCAGUGCCUGGCCAAGGCUCCGAGAUGCAGCAGGUCCUGCAGGAGGUGGAGCGGCUGCGGGCCGAGAACAGGCAGCUGAGCCAGGACUACGCCGUCAAGGCUGAGGAGCUGCAAGCCACCUACGAGCGUGAGAAUGAGGCUAUCCGGCAGGCCAUGCAGCAGUCGGUGAGUGAGGCCCUGUGGCAGUGGCAGGAGAAGGAGACUGACCUCCGCAAGAACUUUCAGGUCCAGGAGUCGGCCCUGCAGGCCCAGGUCAGGAAGCUGGAAGGGGACCUGGAACACAGGGGACGGAAGAUAAGCGACCUGAAGAAGUAUGCCCAGAGGCUGAAAGAACGGAUUCAGGACUUGGAUGUGCAACUGAGGGAGGCUCGGCAGGAAAAUUCAGAUUUGAAGAGUACUGCAAGAAAACUUGGCGAGAAGCUGGCCAUUGCCAAAGACAGACUGAUGCUGCAGGAAUAUCACAUGACUCCAGAAACUGAUGACACAAAGACUGAGAAUGAAGUCCCAAGGGAAGCAAAUGACCUGGAAGCACAUAGUUCUCAUCCUCAGCAGGAGCAAGGCAUUCCUAAGGAGUGUCCCUACUCUAAACAAGGCUCAGAAAUACAGACCAAGAAAGAGGAAGGUGUAGAGACAGAAUAUAUGAAGCAACACUAUGAAGAAGGCCUCCUUAAAGCCAGACAUCAGAUGGAAGAGGAGAAGCAUCUCAAGGACCAGCUGGUGAGGCGCCUGGAGGGCUUGGUCAGAAAGCGCACUGUGGAGAUGAAGUCGGUGCACUCGUCUGUAGAGGCAGAGAGGAAGAAACUGCAGAAGGAAGUAGAAGCACAGUUGGAGGAAGCAAGGAUGAAAUCAGACAAGGAAAUUAGGCAGCUGGAAGAGGAGAAAGCAGCCCUCAAUGUGAAACUUCAGAAUUCUCUGCUUGAGGUUUUAAAGUUGGAGGAGUUUAUCCAACAACAUAAGGCAGCUCCACUUGGAGCCAAGGAAGGGUCCCAGGAAUUAGACUGCCAGCCCGGCACCACUGUGGAGAGCCAGGAUCUGUGCUUGAAGCUGGAGGAACCUUCUCAGACACUGCCCAGAGAAGAGUGUCAAGAUAAGCUAGCAGCUGAUGAAGGUACCAGCAGCCAUGAACAAAGGAUUGAAGAACCCAAGAAAAAAAGUGACCUGCAGUAUCCCCUGGGCUCUGUGCUGAAGCAGAAAGCACCAGAGAUCCAACAGCUACAGGAGGACUGGCAAAGCCAGAAGACCAGGCUGCAAAACCAGGUCUCCCAGCUGCAGCAGGCUCUGGAGCAGUGUGCCCAUGACUACAGGGAAGACAUGCAGGCACUGAAACAGCUGUCAGAACAUGAGAGGGAGAAGCUACAGCAUGAGCUCCAUGAGAGCCUGCAGCAGAGCCAGGCUACCAAGGCCCACCUUGAAGCUGUCCACCAGCGAGCCCUGCACAUGCUUGAAAAGGCCAAAGCCCAGGAGCUCAAGGCCAUGGAAGAGCGCUUAAAGAAAGAAUCCAGCCACAGCCUCCAGAUCCAACAGCAGGCACACCGGCUGGAACUCCAAGCCUUGGAGGAGAAAGCCAGGCAAGAGCUUCACGAAGAGCGUGAGAGGACUCAGGCCCAGCAGGCUCUGCUGCUCGAGACCCUCAGGAAGGAGCUGACAGAGCAGCGAGCUGCCUGCUCUGAGCACCAAAAGGCCCUGGAGGCACUGCAGGCUGAGCUGAGCGCUCUGGACAGUGUGGACAGAUGGCAGCCCAUCAGCCCAAAGGACAGAGAAGAUCACACAAUCAGCAUGGAGGACGCCCCGGCGGGCGCCAGGCCCGAGGCCGAGCGGGGACUGGACGCGGUGCGCGGCCUGCGCGCGGAGAACGCGCAGCUCCAGGACGCCGUGCUGCGGCUGCGCGCGGAGGUGGAGCUGCACCAGCAGGAGGCGCUGCAGCUGCGCGACCAGCGCAAGAUGCUGGAAGAAGACCAGCAAGCCCAGAGGGCCAGGGAGGUGGAGGCACUUCGCCAGGAGCACCGGAAGGAGAUGCAGGCCAUGGUGGCUGAUUUCAGUGGUGCCCAGGCCCGACUCCAGGCACGGCUGGCUGCCCUGGAAACUGAACUGAAAGGUUCCGGAGAGAAGCCUGGGAAGGGAACCUCCCGCCCUGAGGACCUGAAGCUCAUAGGCCGCCUACAGACACGCUUGAAGGAGAGAGAGGACAUCAUCAAGCAGCUCACGGAAGAGAGAAGAUUUCACUAUGCAGCGUUCCCCAGUGCAGUGUCCCAUCGGAACCGGUCCUUUUCUUUCAAUCCUCACCCAGGAUAUUUAACCCCUUCCAUGAAGAAAAAGAAGAUGGAGGAAGUGCCAAGCCGAGUGGUCAGUGUACCCAACCUUGCCUCCUAUGCAAAGAACUUCCUGAGUGGAGAUCUGAGCUCCAGGAUCAAUGCUCCUCCCAUAACUAAGUCACCCAGCCUGGACCCAAGCCCCAGCUGUGGCCGGCCAUACAAACCCACUGAGGUUCAAGAUGUGAAAGCUUCCACAAGGGCACAAGAUGGGGAAACAGCUCAACCCAAAGAAGCCCCUCAGAAGCAAGGCUCUCCACACCAGGAAUGGUUCACCAAGUACUUUUCAUUCUAAAAUGGUUUUGGGAGUCCAACCCAAAGAGGAUCUUAGGAAAACAUCUAACCUAAGUGAAGAAAUAAACCAAAACCACCCAACCAAACCACUUUCUGGAAAUGAUUUACAUAUGACAGCUAAAACCAAUUUUGACAUUGACAAUUUGAAGUUUUACUGUGACACCUAUUCAUCUGAAAAAUUCUUCAUAUUGAAAAUACAGCAAGCCAGUGUUAGAAAAAGUAUCCAUAGGAAAAUGUUAUUGAUGGUCUUAAUGGCCGAUCUACCCAUUGUAUUUCCAGUGUCUGUAACAUUGUACUCCAUUUGGUGGGAUAUCAGACUUGUGACUUCCAUGGUCUGCUUUAAAAGUGGUUUCAUUUAUCCUUUUCUCAUUCUCACUUGAGUUACUGUAUGUAAAAUGGUGUAAUUCCAAAAUGUAUAUCUAACCUCAAUAGGAAGAGGAAUGAAAUAGUUUGAUAUAAACAGAAAAGCCAACUCGGGCCAAAACCAAAACAAACCACAUUGACCCAAUAAGGAAAAGACUAUAGUGUGGUUACAUUGCAUGUUUUGACAGGCCACAGAUUAUAGAAGGGACACCACCUACCUCAAAUGGGGCUUUGCAAGAAUGAAGCAACAUAUAAUAUGGGUAAAGCUAUAGAUCCCCAAUCAGACUUCUCAGUGAACAUCUGUGCCUCACCACACACUUCAGCUUCAGUGACUGCUGCAUCAACGUAGUCUUCUGUGAAGUCUUCUAGAAGUUCUGGUUUCAGAGAUCAAAGGCUUUUUGGGAUUGGGCCACCUGCCUCCAGUGUUGCUGCCCCACUUCAUGGACCAGAAGAUUAAUGGAGCUGCCCACGGUGCUGAAUUUGCUCUCCAUACACACCAACUCGUCCUACUCUCUGGUAGAGCAGCACAAUUUGACGAGACCUGAUACUUCUGGUGGGCAGAGUACUUUCUUCUUCUCUGGUGCUGGCCCACCAAGUGGCUUAAAAACUGAUGUUAAGUCUAUGCUCUUUGAAUAAAACUUUAAACAACUGGAAAAUUAAAA